AUGGCGACGACACAGACCCCAAGCUCACUAUUCAGCCUCGAUGCGCUUUUUGAUAACCCUCUCUUCGCUGGCGGCAUUGGUCUUGCCUCCUUAGGUGCCGCCGCGGCUUUUGCCCGCAGAGGCGCCAUUGUAGUCCUUGGUGCUGCGAGGCGACGGCUACUCGUGAACGUUGAGAUCAGCAAACAAGACCCUGCCUACCCCUGGAUUCUUGCUUGGCUGUCACAGCCACGUGAGGCUACUGGCUUCAUUGCCUCCCGCAUUACCCGAAUCCAUAACCUAUCCGUGACGACGACGACGACAAAUGCAAGAGGUGCUGGUGCUGGAGGACCCGUGAGUGCCAGUUUUUUUCUCCAGCCAGGUUACGGUCGACAUGUGGUCAAAUUCGGCAAUGCAUAUAUUGCUGUAAACAGGGAAAAGCAUAGCACAGCGAAUAUGAAUACGGGUGAACCGCACGAGAUUGUCCAGCUCACGACAUUGUGGGCCCAUCGACACGCUUUCGAAGGAAUAUUCGCUGAGGCUCACAAAUUGGCUGCCAAGGCAAACGAAGGAAAGACCGUGGUAUACUCGGCCCGAGGCAUGGAAUGGGCUCCUUUGGGGGAUUCUAGAAAAAAGCGGCCGCUUGGCUCAGUGAUUUUAGAUGAGGGCGUCAAAGAAAGCAUUGUCGCGGACGUCAGGGACUUUCUCUCACGCCAGCAAUGGUACGUAGACCGCGGCAUACCGUACAGGCGGGGAUAUCUUUUAUUUGGACCACCGGGAAGUGGGAAGAGCUCCUUCAUACAAGCCUUAGCAGGAGAGCUUGACUUUGGUGUUGCUAUGGUCAACCUCAGUGAAAUGGGCAUGACGGACGACAAGCUGGCGUACCUCUUGACCAAGCUACCUAAACGUUGUCUUUUACUCCUGGAAGAUGCUGAUGCUGCGUUUGUAAAUCGGCGACAGCGUGAUGCCGACGGAUACAGCGGCGCGAGUGUCACAUUUUCCGGUUUACUGAACGCUUUGGAUGGAGUUGCAGCAGGAGAAGAGCGGAUAGCUUUUCUUACAACAAACCAUAUUGAUCGACUAGAUCCGGCACUUAUUCGACCUGGCAGGGUCGAUAUGAUGCUUAGGAUUGGUGAAGCGACUAGAUACCAGGCCGGACAGAUGUGGGAUCGCUUCUAUGGCGACGAGGAUACCGACGGCUCUCAAAAAGAGCUGUUUUUGCGACGUCUGGAUGAACUGGGGCUGUUCGGCACGAACUCAGAUGGUACUCCUUCCAACAGACACACCAGUACGGCGGCAAUUCAAGGUCUUUUCCUGUUCAACAAAAGCGACAUGCAAGGAGCCAUCGAUAUGGCUAAAGGGCUGAUUCCUCGAGAUUUAGAGGCAGAAGAAGAUGGAGUCCCGAUGAAGCAAGCAAAAGAGCAGAGGUAG